AGGUCAGCAAGUGGCCGGGGUGAGGGAGCUGCUCCCUGCUGACCAAGCUUCCCCUUUCCCUGGCCCCCUCUCUCCUCGCAGGGUCAUUCCCCACCCACUCUAGUCUGUCUUCCUAGGUCUGAGAGUCACUGGAGCCACCACAGCCGCCAUGGGGCCCUGGGGAGAGCCAGAGCUCCUGGUGUGGCGCCCAGAGGCGGGGGCGUCCGAGCCCCCGGUGCCGGUGGGGCUGGAGGUGAAGUUGGGGGCCCUGGUGCUGCUGCUGGUGCUCACCCUCCUCUGCAGCCUGGUGCCCAUCUGUGUGCUGCGCCGGCCGGGAGCUGACCGCGGAGCCUCAGCUUCCCGCCAGAAAGCCCUGAGCCUGGUAAGCUGCUUCGCAGGGGGCGUCUUUUUGGCCACCUGUCUGCUGGACCUGCUGCCUGACUACCUGGCUGCCAUCGAUGAGGCCUUGGCAGCCCUUCACGUGACGCUCCGGUUUCCCCUGCAAGAGUUCAUCCUGGCCAUGGGCUUCUUCUUAGUCCUGGUGAUGGAGCAGAUCACGUUGGCUUACAAGGAGCAGUCAGGACCACCUCCUCUGGAGGAGACGAGGGCUCUGCUGGGAACAGUGAACGGUGGGCCGCAACACUGGCAUGAUGGGCCGGGGGUCCCACAGGCAAGUGGUGCCUCGGCGGCCCCCUCAGCCCUGCGUGCCUGCGUACUGGUCUUCUCCCUAGCACUGCACUCGGUGUUCGAGGGGCUGGCAGUGGGGCUGCAGCGAGACCGAGCUCGGGCCAUGGAGCUGUGUCUGGCCUUGCUGCUCCACAAGGGCAUCCUGGCCGUCAGCCUGUCCCUGCGGCUGCUGCAGAGCCACCUGCGAGCACAGGUGGUGGCUGGCUGUGGGAUCCUCUUCUCAUGCAUGACUCCUCUAGGCAUUGGGCUGGGCGCAGCUCUGGCAGAGUCAGCGGGGCCUCUCCACCAGCUGGCCCAGUCUGUGCUAGAGGGCAUGGCGGCUGGCACCUUCCUUUAUAUCACCUUCCUGGAAAUCCUGCCACAGGAGCUGGCCACUUCUGAGCAGAGAAUCCUCAAGGUCAUUCUGCUCCUAGCAGGCUUUGCCCUGCUCACCGGCCUGCUCUUCAUCCAAAUCUAGGGGGCUUCACGAGAGGGGCAGGGGAGAUUGUCUCUCAGGUGCCCCUGUUCUCCCUCUCCUCCCCCAGUGUGUGAGGAAUAGGAAGGAAUGGAACCUGAGAGCAAAAACGUUCUCUGGGAGGUAGGGAAUGGAGCCUUUGGAACUAUCUGACCAAUGAGAGGGAAGUGGGCAGACAAGGGACUGGCCCCAGGCCCAAGGAACAAGAGACGGGCAAGUCACUACAGACAUGGUCAGGGGACAAUGGGAUCAGAAA